AUGAAUAUUCUCUUGUUUGUAAUACAAGGAUAUGCUUAUAAGAUUAAUAGAACAUCCUUAGUUGAAAGAAUGUUUGAAUAAUAAGGAGAUAAUCUAAAGCUUCAUAGAAUUGAAUUGUUAUAAUUAGCAAAGUUAAAAACUGAAACUGAUCUCAAAACUUCAAGCAUUUAUCCAUAAUAUUAUUGCAAAAGAUUUAAAACAGAAGUUCCUGAAGUUAAUUCACAAGAAAUAAUACCUUAAUCAAUGACAACAGCUAAAAAAAAUCUUUUAUAUUAUUAAAAUAAAAAGAAAUAAAGAAAGAAUCAAAUAAAAUAAUAAAUGGAUUUAAUGUCUUAAAAUUUAGAAAAUAACCAACCAAAGUAUCAUAUGAGGUAUUGUCUCAUACUUAAUCUGAGCUCUUUCUUAAAACUCAUAGAUGCUAUAAUUUAGUAUAAUAUUCAGAAUAAUAUAUGUUGUAAUCACAAUAAACCUAACGAUAAUAAUUAUUGA